CUCACUUUUUCAAGAUCGUUGUAGCGUCUACUAGUAUUGUGUUCAAUAAUUGUAUUCAUCAUGGCUUCAACGGAGUCUCUCGUUUGCGAAACUCUGGACCUGAGCGGUCAGGGCCUCAAGAAAAUUGGCAGGUGUCCGUCGGAUGCUGACAUUAGUACGUUGAUCGUCGACGACAAUGAGCUUCAACGACUUGAUAAUCUUGAUUCUUACCAUAGAAUCACAAAGCUUUCUAUAGUAAGAAAUCAACUACUGCGUAUGUAUGGUGUUUCUAAACUGCACAAUCUUGUCACUCUAAAUCUCGCAAACAACGGUAUUUUAACAAUAGAGGGUAUAAAAGACAUGAUGAACUUGCAAACACUUUGCCUAGCUGGCAACAACAUUAAGUCCAUCGAACAUUUACAUACAAAUACAAAGUUGGAACAUUUGGAUUUGUCAGAAAACAGCAUUAGUCAUGUUUCAGAUAUCUCAUACCUGAGAAAUUUAAAGGAAUUUUUUUUGCACAAUAAUCGCAUAAUAACGCUGCGUCAGUGUGAAAGAUAUUUGCCAGCUUCUCUAGAAACUUUCACAUUAGCUAAUAACAAUAUAACAGACUUGAAUGAAAUGUCACAUUUGGCGAAUCUCACGAACCUCAUCAAUUUUUCAAUCGCAAAUAAUCCCUGCGUUAGCAUGGCAGGUAAUGACAUUGGAUUUGAUUAUCGACCUUUCAUAAUCAACUGGUGUAUGAAUCUGAAAUCGAUCGAUGGCUAUGCGGUCGAUCCCAUAGAAAGCCUGAAAGCGGAGUGGCUCUAUUCACAAGGACGAGGUCGACAAUUCCGGAUUGGCGAGCAUUCGCUGCUGGCGCAGUAUCUCGCCUCAGUUUGUCCUCUUUCGGGUGAGUCCCUCGAAAAUGAGACUGACAGAAAGCUUAGGCUUAUUUUAAGUAAAGCACAGCACCAUCAGAUGCAACUGAGCCAACAGAGCGAUGCAGGAAGCGUUCACAGCCUUAGCAGCGUUGGAAUGAGCCCGUCUCCGGCAACUAGACGUAGACUUAGUCAUAACAGAACCAGUUCGCCCAGAAGACCGAUAGGUUCGUCGCGCAAUUCGAUGAGGAUGCAAUCACCUGAGCGUAUGGCCGCCAGUUAUCAUACUGAAGCUAUGGUUUCAUCCUGUCAUGCUCUCUUAGGUGGUGAUCACGGCCAGGACCAGUUGAUGACGCAAAGCCUGGAUCCUCAUAUGUUAUCGGGCACACUCAAUAAAUCUUCGAAUGGCUCAACUCUACAAGAUGUGGAAGAAAAAUCGAGUCCCCUUCAAGCCGCAACAAAACUCGUACCAGUACCUGAAUCUCUGAUGAGUCCGGAUUUUCGACCACCAUCGGGUCUCUGUAGAAUUUUACCCAUCAAGACUCCACCUAGUAAAUUAAGCUCUCAGGGUCAAGUGACAACACCAGCCAAAGUAACUUGUGAUACAGCAGACAAACCAGUUCCGACAUUGAAUACAACGGCCCCGACAAAAACUAAUAUAAGCGUACUUAAGUCUAAUGACAAUGUUAAAAGAAAUGCACCCAACUGUAGCCCUGGGAAAGCAAACGUCGCCAAGCCUGUCAUCACGAAUGCCAACGGAAAAUGUCCUCAGAGUGUAAAGAUAAACAAUUAUGUACAAAGCAAAACUCUGCCCAUGAGGAGAAAUGUUAAAAACUCUCCAAAUUUAGGAAGGAACAAAGAUCUGAAAGCUAAAGUUGUUGGGGACGGCAUGAAACAAAGUUCUUUGAAAAAAUGCGGAAAUGGAGAUGGAAGUGUGGCUGUGAUUAGCAGCGAUGAAGAAAGCGAAGUUUGCCAGGCUAAGCUGAAUAGUAUUCGGCACAGGGCCGUGCAAAGGCGACAAGAAGACACAAAUAAGGAAGAUCCAACUGAAAAAGCAGCAGUCUGUAUUCAAAGAAUGUGGCGAGGGUACCACACGAGGAAUUUAAACAAGAAGGUCACCAGCGUGUUGAAAACGAUCGAAAUGACGAGAACCAACAAGUAUAUUCAGAAACUAUCGACUGAUAUGGAAGCAACGCGAAGUGCACUCGAAAGCGAGCACAAAUUACAGUUGCUGCAAAUGCAAGCGAUCAAUGCAUUGUGGAAAAAAGUUGUUGCACUUCAACCUCCAAGUGGUCGAGAAAGUGGCACUGCAAAUGGAGAAGGAAUCUCGAACGCCAACUUCGACGUCGUAACUAACUUGGCCCAGACUUGUAACUUGUUACAUAACCAGGUGCAACAGCUGCAGGACUCAAUGACAGAAAUAAAGCGUUGCAUGAUAAGCCAAAAACCACAGAUGGUGGAUAACGGUGUAAGUACACAAACCGAAAUAUCCGCGGUUCACACUCCCGCUGGCGAGGAGAACGUUUUCCCAUACCAUCGACCGAGUAGACCUCAGUCUUUAGCAAUUCACCAAACCAUCCAGGAAGGAAACGAAAACAAGAGUUUUGCCUCGAAUUUAGUUGACAGUGUUUUAAAAAAAGUGUCUCAGUCCACAGACAUGACAGACGACGAAUGUAAUACCGAUAUUCUUAAUUCUAACGAUAAUCCUGAGGUUUUCAAUUCUCACGAAAAUCCUGAUAUGUCAACUAGCUGCGAUGAAAUCGGUGAAUCUCUUCUUAAAAAUGACGAAGGUCUAGGCGAAGAGUUCAAAAACGUAAUUGAAAACGUGAGAACCGGCGUUGAUGGGACUUUCAAAGACAUCAUUGAUGACCCUUCUAGAAAAAGGGACGUUUGCGAAGAAGUUCUUUGCAAAGAAUUAUUGCAAAGUAUGAUGGAAACCGAAAAAGACACAAAAUGCAACGGUAAAGGGAAGGGAGUCGAACAAUUUACCGAUGGGUACAAAGCCGAGAAUGUCGAAAUCAAUUAGAUUAAAAUUAAUUAGGUAAUUGUUACGUACUCAUGCCUUGUUGUAGAUAUAAGAUUAGAGGCGUGAGUUUUUUAAUCAUGGACACUUUCGAGGAAGCUCACGUCUUUAAUGGAAUGGUCCAAAAAAAUAUUUUUUUACUUUGAUCGAUUACUUUCUGAGAAAAUAAAAUCUAGUUCUUUUAAGAUUAAUCAAGUAUUAGAGUUUGUUUUGUUAUUAAAUUACAAAUAUUAGACAUACGAGAGUUCACAUUUAUCAAACUAUUUUUUUGGACCAACCUAGUCUUUUUAUAAAAACUCGCUGGGAAAAAUUACUGUGCGAUGCUUAACCAAAAACACUCAAUGUAAAUAUAAGAGAGAUGCGAAAGCUUUAUUAAAGGUAUCUUUAAGAUUCUCAUAGGUUUUACGACGAAAGAAUUCUUUCCAGUACAUCAGUAUUUUUGUUGCAAUUUUUAAAGGCACUAUUGUUAUUCGCCAUUGAAAGCGCAUGAAUUUAGCAAAGCUUCGCUCUAGUUUUAAAAUUUUGAAUUAAAAAUCGAACACAUGUUUUUAGUUUUUGAAAGUCUAUCCGUCCGACUGGUUAAGAACAGUAAAGAAACUUCAAAAUGAAAAUAUAUAUCUGGAUUAAUGUCGUAUUUUUGUUAUCUGGACUCUACGAAAAAUUCGGUGCUUCGAAAAUUUCGUUAUGCGUUUCUUUGUCAUUAGAAUUACUCAGCUUAUAGAAUUAAAAAUUUCUAGUCAAUACUUAAUCCUCACUUAUUGAAAGAAGAAACUUAAGUGCGUUAUAGUGUUGUAAUUAAGUUGAGCUUUAAGAAAAGUCUCGUGGAAAUGAGUACGUAAUUUAUUUAUUAAUUUCCGAGAAUAUGUGAUAAACGUAGUUGAUAUUGGUAGUUAUCUGGCGUACUAACAGUACAUUCCAUUUGAAUAUUCCAAGUUGCACAAAAAUCUGAUUGGUUAAAUUUCAUUUGUUGGAGAUAUUUUCUUGGAUUUAUUGCGAUGAUCUCAAAUUUGAAUUUCUGCACAAUGGCUAACUGCGGGUGUAUGCGCAAAUUACGUAGGGUAAAUUUCCAUCAUUAGGGAUGUAAUUGACGUCUUUUAAACACAUACGUAAUUGGUGCAUUACUCUUUAGUACUUUUUGUACAGGUAAAUUACUCAAAAUGUAUUGUUAACAAACUUUUUAUCUAGACGUCUUGUUAAUUUUUUUUUAUUAGUACCUGUAAAAGUACACCUAUUUAUUUCAUUUAUAUUGGUCAUAUUGUACUCGUUUUUGCACCAAUUUACCUUUUGGAUUUACCAUUUUUGGGUAUACAAAUAAAAAUUUCAAUAUAAAUAAACUUUUUUAUUAUAUCGAAGACACGCAGGUGUACCUCUGUAAAACUAAGUCAAACCUAAAAAAUUACUAUGGACGCGUUCGGUUUGCCUUUAUAAACAAAAAAAUGAGAUAAUCAUAUCAGGCAGAAUUAAAUUUUUUGCGUUUGGGAAAACUUAUAAUUUAUAAAUUUAAGGUAAGGGAACCUAAUAAAAGGAAAUCUUCCAUACAAAAUACCCAGUUUAUUAACAAAUAUAAUCGAUUAUGUUUCGAAAAUGUAGGCGAUUUGCUUCAUCAAGUAGAUCUUAAAUAGUUUGGAAAGAUAAGAUACAAUUCUUAAUGUGUGAGUUCUAUGCUCGUAAACAAGAAAACCUGAAGUUGAAGCUUGGACUCGAAAAAGGCUGAUUCGAUUCCAAAAGUUAACGUGGCUACAAAAUGUAGGUAAUCACACGGACAGACACCAAAAAAGCUUUACCAUUUUUGGAGUCUGUGAGUGCCGAAACGUUAAGCUCCAUUAAAAAAUAGAGAUCAAUAAUGAGAACGAUUCCAUUACACUCUUAUGAAUGAGAAUGUAAAAAAGCAUGAUAUAUUAUCGGUUCUUGGACUUUUCUAAAGAGCUGUUUGAAAAAGGUUUUCCAGAACUUUAUUCCAGAAAACCUUCUUACCGGGUGGUCCAAUCAUAUCUCGGCAUAUAAAUGGGAUAUCCGGAGAUAUCAGACAAGAAAAUAGAAAAAUAUUGAUAUGGAGAAACAGAGGAUUGUCUUGGCUGGAAAAUAAGGAAUAGUGAAUAAUUUAUUUCUUAUUUUAUUUUAAUAUUUUGGAAACUGAUCGCCAAAAUUUCCUUAGAUUUAAUGUAUAACUAUUUUUAAUCAUAUACAAAAUGUGUAAUUACCCUCACAGAUAUAGGAUAUCCCAUUUUAUCCCAGGGAUAAACUGUGGUUAUCAUCCUGCAAGGCGGAACUUUGGAUACCCCAGGAUAUCCGGGAUAUUUUAAUGUUCUAGGUAGAAUAUAUACAAAAUUUUAAUAUCCUACUUGGGAUAUUUGAAUAUUCCAGAAACAUCUCAUAGACCUCACAGAUAUCCUGGGGAUAUCACAGUUCCCGCCUUCAAGGAUAUCGCGGUGUGAGGGUACAUAAGUUCUAUAAUUUAAAAAAAAUAAUAAGAAGCUAUAAUUAUCUGAAUUAUAUCAAUUUAAAAAAAUAAAUCUGUGAGUUUUACUUUUCAACUAACGAACCAGAAUAAUUACCAUGUUUACAUAUGAAGAAAAAGUAUCAUCUUGUUGAAAAAAGCAAGUAUUUUCAACGCAGUAAUAUACUUUGCAAACAAAUAAUUCAUGAUAUUACCUUUUUGUUAAAUUCAUUUUUUUAUAAUUAAUAACUUAACGCGCUAUUACACAAUAUACAAAGGCAGGCUUUUUUGUACCGUGCAUCAUUAGAUUAAAAAGUCAAAGUUUUAAAACUUGGGUAAAGUUUUGUGCUACUGGAUAUUAGUUUAUGGAAGAACAAUUUGGUAAUUUCGUCAAAAUUUUGUUAUUUGGCCUGGAUCAUAUGGAAAUCUUUCUUACGAAUGUAAUUUUUUUGCACUCAUCUAUAAUUAUCAUUUUCCUAUUUUUCACUUAUUGUCACAAAAAUAUCAAUAUAUUAUAAAAAAUAUAUCAAUCCUUAGGGUCCCGAAUAUUUAUUGAAUAUAAUUUUUCUAGAAUUAAUUUUUGUUUAAUUUGAUAUAACCGGGAUAUCUAUUGAACAUUCAAAUGUCACAUGUGGGAUAUGUAUUUCAAUAUCACCCUUGAGACAUUUAAAUAUCCUAGAAACUUACCAUAGACCCAUAUUAUAUAUAAUCAAUUUUAUUUUACAUAAACAUCUACAAAUCGCUCACGGUGAGCCUCAACCAACUUUGACCGAAAAAUCCUUCAAGUUAUAUUAUAUUUAUUGGGUACUGUUUAAUGUUGGCAUAAAAUUACUUUUAAAAACAAGUUCCCAAUACGUUUUUUUCAACAUUUGAAGCUUUUAUUAUUGUAUUAAUUGUUUUUUAAAUCAUUCCAGUAUCAUUUAAUUACAACCUGAGGUGAAACGGGGAUUAAGAAAAUUUUUCAACCAAUUUUGCUGUAAUAAAAGUUUUUAUUUUCAAAUAUAUAAAAACCCCUGUAUAUUAUAGUUCUCAUUUUGGAACAUAAUUUUAUAAUAUUUUUUCACUCAUCUUUUAAGGAAAAAGAAGCCUAUUAUAUUGAAAAUCCAGAAUAAAAUAAAUAUAAAAAUACAAAUUGUUUUUUGAAGAACAUCAUCUGCGUAGAAUUUUCUGCAAAAAAAAAGUACAGUAAUAGACUGUUUUGUCUUUAUACUUAAUUUUCAUAAAUCACUGAGUAACAUUUUUUUUUAAAUAAUCAAACAUUUUAAUUUAAAAAAAAGCACUCCGACGAUUUUUUUGGUGCAAAAUAUGCGCAUACUAUGUACAAAUGCUAUUUCGCAAAAAAACUUUUCCCAAUAUAUUUUUCAAGUUAAAAGUAGUUGAAGCUCACCGUGCGCUUUCUCUAAUAAUAAAUAUUGUUACGAUACUGUUUAACCAGACUUCUUGUUAAUUUCUUUUAUUAGAAUCUGUAAUAUACACUUCAUCACAAACUCAUCUUUUGGGAUUACCAUUUUUGUGUAUACAAAUUUCAUUCGAGCACAUUUAACAAUAAAAAUAAAAUGUUGCUACUUUGGAAACAUCCAUUUUCACACGAAAAAUUACAUAUAACAAACACCUAGUUCCAAACAAUAAGUGAUUUGAUUAAGCCACUUUCUCAGUUUUUCUCUUUUCUUUUUGUUCAUAAAAGAACACAUAAUAGGUCCAUAGCUCGAUUUAGUUUUACAGAAGUAUACCUGUUGGAAAAUUUGUACUGUAUAUGCUACUUGUUACAUUUACACAUUUUUUUAUUCAGAUAUAAAAUAUGAAUCAGGGAGAUAGUGACUGAGUAUAAAAAUAAAGACUUUUCCUCGUAAAUGUAUAGUUGUUUGUAAACCUCUUUUUUUAAUCAGCGCUUUGCGCAUAAAUGUAGAUUCUGAACCGACAUUGUAAAUAAAUUGGAUCUUU